GAAAUGGCAGCAGGCAGGACGGGCCCUCCUGAGGCGCAUCCUCUCGACGACUGUGGGCUUCCCCCUGCCGCCCAGGGAUCCCAGCCCUUCAUAGCAAGGCCGGGCUGGCGGAUCAGCCACAGCCAACACCACCCGCCCUGAAACGGGGCUCCCAAAGGCGGAAUCGGCGCACACAGGGUGAAGGAACGCACAGCUGCCCAAGGACCAGGACGCCCACCCUGCGUUAGCUACCGCGGGGCGCUGCUCAGUUCCAGUGAAGCCGCCCCUGGGCGUCGGCCUCUUCCGCCUCUUGCUGCUGCCCUCAACUCAGCCCCGCCCCGAACGGCGGCGGUCUGACCCCGGGUCCCAUCGGUCCGCGGCGAGCGACAGCCCCCGCGGCGGGGCGGCAUGGCCGUGCCCUGGGCUUUGCCCGCGCCCCUCAGCCCAGCGCAGCUCAAGCGCCUGGAGCAGCAUCGCUACAGCGCGGCUGGGCGCUCGCUGUUGGAGCCGUGGUUGCAGCCCUACUGGGCCUGGCUGGUGGAGCAAGUCCCUCUGGGACUGGCCCCCAACGCCAUCACCCUGAGCGGCCUCCUGCUGAACUGCUUGACGGCGCUGCCGCUCAUCGCCUGCUGCCCCAGCGCCACCGAGCAGGCACCUUUUUGGGCAUACAUCCUGGGUGCAUUAGGACUUUUUAUCUACCAGUCUCUGGAUGCCAUUGAUGGGAAGCAAGCCAGAAGAACAAACAGUAGUUCUCCUCUAGGAGAACUCUUUGAUCAUGGUUGCGACUCGAUUUCCACAGUUUUUGUUGUCCUUGGAUCCUGCAUAGCAAUCCGACUAGGAACAAAUCCUGACUGGUUGUUUUUCUGUUGUUUUGUGGGACUGUUCAUGUUCUAUUCUGCUCACUGGCAGACAUAUGUAUCAGGCAUACUAAGGUUUGGAAAAAUUGAUGUAACUGAAGUUCAGAUAGCCAUAACAAUGCUGCUCUUGAUAUCUGCAUAUGGUGGAACAGCAGUAUGGGACUAUAAGGUUCCUUUGGUGGGCUUAGAACUGAAGUUCUUGGCAGUUUUUGGCAUACUGUGUGGAACAGCACUUUCUUUUUUCAAUUACUUCCGUGUUAUCUUUGGUGGAGGGGUUGGAAAGAAUGGAUCUACAAUAGCAGGAACAAGUGUUCUCUCACCAGCCCUGCACAUUGGACUACUUAUUACAUUGGCAGUUGUGAUAUACAAAAAGUCUACAACUCAGCUGUUUGAAAAACAUUCUUGCCUGUAUGUCCUGACAUUUGGAUUUGUGAAUGCUAAAAUCUCACAGAAGUUGGUGGUGGCUCACAUGACAAAAAGUGAAAUCUGUCUUCAGGAGACUGCAUUUAUUGGGCCAGGACUUCUGUUUUUGGACCAAUAUUUCAACAGUUUCAUUGAUGAAUACAUUGUUCUGUGGAUAGCAUUGUUCAUAUCCUUGAUUGAUAUGCUGAGAUAUGCUACUGGUGUAUGCCUGCAGAUUGCUGCUCAUCUUCAUAUACAUGUCUUCAGAAUUUCAUCUCAUCAAGCUCCUGAACAGGUACAAGUUGUUUCUCCAAUGAGCCAUCAGAAUAACAUGGACUGAAGAGACUUGCGAACAGUUGCCAUCUCCUGCUGUUGCUGGUACAAGAAAAGGAGAUAACACUGAACAAAUGCCAUAUCAAUACAGUUUCUUGGAGCUAAUUAAAUGAAUGUCAAAGGACA